GGCGGCUAAGCUAAAUGCCUGAAGGACCCCGUCCGUCUCCGGGAGUCCAGGCGCCUGAGCGGGCUGCGGGCGAGCAGACGGCGGGCUUCGCAGGGGGCCGGGGAGGGGCCGGGGGCGUCGUUGGGGCGCCUGCGAAGAGCGGCUGAGGCCCGGUCCCCGCGCGGCGCCGCCAUGAUCCACGAGCUGCUGCUGGCACUGCGCGGCUACCCGGGCGGCCUCUUCGUGGGCGGCGGCCUGCAGGUGUCCCCGGAGCCGCCGCCGUUCCUGCACCCGAGCGAGGCCGCCCUCCUGGCCCGCGUCUGCCGCCUGGGCGCGCUCUACGUCCGCCUGCACGAGUUCAUCGAGCAGUUCGCCGAGCAUGCCCAGCCGCCGCUGCCGCCGCCCGCCGCCCCGCCGCAGGAGCUGCUGGCCUCCCCGCCGGGGAUCUACCUGCGCGCCUUCUGCACCGGGCUGGACGCCGUGCUGCAGCCCUACCGGCAUGCGCUGCUGGGCCUGGAGCAGGAGUUUCUGGCUGAUCCUCACCUUACCAUCUCAUAUGUCAACUAUUCUCUGGACCAGUUUCAGCUCUUGUUUCCCUCAUUGAUGACUGUAGUAGAGCAGAUAAAGAUCCAUAAGAUUCAUGGUUGUCAGAUCUUGGAGACAGUCUACAAAUACAGCCGUGGUGGCUUGCCACCGGUGCGUCAUGCGCUGGAGAAGGUCUUGGCCAUGUGCCAUGCCGUUCUCUACAAACAGCUCUCUGCCUGGAUGCUGCAUGGGUUGCUCUUGGACCAACACGAGGAGUUCUUCAUCAGGCAGGGCCUCUCCCUGGGGCUCACCCCAGCCCAGACGGAAGAAGAAGACGAUGAUCUGGGCAUUGGAGGACUCACAGGGAAGCAGCUGCGAGAGCUGCAAGAUAUGAGGCUAAUUGAGGAAGAGAAUAUGUUGGCCCCUUCUCCAAAACAGUUCUCUCUGCGGAUGGAGAUGCUGCCUUCCUACAUUCCAGCUCGUGUCGCUGAAAAAAUCCUCUUUGUAGGGGAAUCUGUGCAGAUGUUUGAGAGUCAGAAUGUAACUCUUACCAAAAAAGGCUCCAUCCUGAAGAACCAGGAGGAGACUUUUGCUGCUGAGCUGCAUCGUCUCAAGCAGCAGCCCCUCUUCAAUCUGAUGGACUUUGAGUCAGUGGUUGACUGGAUCCGGAGCACUGUGGCUGAGCACUUAUGGAAGCUGAUGGUGGAAGAGUCCGACUUGAUAGGCCAGUUGAAGAUCAUUAAAGAUUUUUACCUAUUGGGGAGAGGAGAAUUGUUUCAGGCCUUUAUUGAUACUGCACAGCACAUGCUAAAGACACCACCAUCUGCAGUGACUGAGCAUGAUGUGAAUGUGGCAUUCCAGCAGUCGGCCCACAAAGUGCUCUUGGAUGACGACAACCUCCUGCCUUUUCUUCACCUGACCAUCCAUUACCAUGGAAAGGAACACCGAGACCCUUCCCAGAACCGGGAAACCCCUUCUCGAGAACUGUCUCCUCAUGAGUCCCCCACUUCCGGCUGGGCUGCCUUGGGGCUCUCCUACAAAGUUCAGUGGCCUUUGCACAUCCUUUUCACACCUGCCAUCCUGGAAAAGUACAACGUGGUCUUCAAAUACUUGCUGAGUGUGAGGCGAGUCCAGGCCGAACUGCAGCACUGCUGGGCUCUGCAGAUGCGGUGCAAGUGCCUAGAAUCCAGGCGAACGGAUGCCAUCAAGUGGCGGCUGCGCCAUCACAUGACUUUCCUCGUGGACAAUUUGCAAUAUUACCUGCAAGUGGAUGUCCUUGAGUCUCAGUUCUCACAGCUCCUUCAGCAGAUCAACUCCACCCGUGAUUUUGAGAGUAUCCGACUGGCUCACGAUCACUUUUUGAGCAACCUCCUGGCCCAGUCUUUUAUUCUCUUGAAACCGGCUUUUCACUGCCUGAAUGAAAUUUUAGAUCUCUGCCAUAGUUUUUGUUCAUUGGUCAGCCAGAACCGAGGGCCCCUGGAUGAACGGGGUACAGCCCAGCUGAGCAUCCUAGCUAAGGGCUUCAGCUGCCAGUCCUCCCUUCUCUUCAAGAUUCUUUCCAGUGUUCACAACCACCAGAUAAAUUCUGACUUGGCACAACUGCUGUUACGCCUGGACUACAACAAGUACUACACUCACGCUGGAGGCACUUUGGGCAGUGUGGGGCUGGAAUGAUAGCCCACUGAGAGCAUCAAUGGCCACAGUUUCCAAGAAGUGUCCUGGCCUGCAAUGGCAGCAACAUUCCAGCUACUGGCGGAGGACAGCGGAGGCUUGUUUCUUGCAGGGCUGCCACAGCUUUGCAAGUGGAGUUUUGCAUAUUAAAUAGCUUUCGGGGUCCUUGGGCUCCUUUAGAAGCAAAGGGAGAAGCACUGCUUGCUUCAGGCUCCAAAAUGAGUCACCCCUUUUUGCUGUGACUGCAGAGCCAGAAGUCCAGCCUUUUGAAGUGGUCCCCUUCACCAUUUCUAAGCCAAAAUCAGUUGAUAACUAUAAAGGGUGCAAUGCUAUUAACUGCAUAAAAAUAUUUUUUGUUCCA